AUGGAAGACACAAGUGCUGGACAGCUUAUCUUGAAUUUCGUGGCGUACCUGAUCAAUCUCGGCAUCACUUACGGCUCCCUGACUGGUGCCUUCGGCAAGACGAACGAGGAGCUCAGUGCCAAGUACCAGACGCUGAUAACUCCAGCGGGGUAUGCCUUUGCGAUCUGGGGCCCCAUCUUCAUCUGGGAGGGUGCCUUUGCAAUAGUGCAGCUAUUGCCAAGGUGGCGGGACGCCGCAGUGGUACAGGCCAUGACACCCUGGUGGGUGAGCGCGUGCAUCUUCCAGGUUGCCUGGACUAUCUUCUUCGCACAGGAAGUCAUUCCCGGCGCUCUGGUUUGUAUGAUCGGCAUUCUGAUCCCCCUGGUUGGUGGGAUCUUGGUAGUUGAUUGGAAACCGCAGCAGCUCUCAUCAACAGAUUACUUGCUGCUGAGGGCUCCGUUCUCACUCCAUGCAGGAUGGAUCAUCGCAGCCAGCGCACUAAACACCUGUGUUUUGGCAGAGUACCUGGAAGCAGCUCCAGACGUAUCUUUGGCACUGAGCAUGCUCUGCUUCUGCGGAAUCCUGCUUGCAGUUGCUUUGUUUGCAUUCGCUUCCCCAAAGCCAGACGUGAUCAUCCCGCUAGUGGCCGCGUGGGCCCUAACCGGCAUUUUUGCGGAGCUAGGCCAGCCCGACAACUUGAUGAACCCCACCCGCUUCAACUUCUUUGCCUGGCCACAGUUUGUGAUCUCUGGUGUUCGGGUAGCUGCAGCAGUGCUUGCGGCAGUCAGUAUAGCGGCUGCAGCCGCAGUGGUUGCUGCAGGUUUCAUCUCGUACAGGAGGAUGGUGAAGUCGCCGAGGGAGGACUCUGUGGCCGCCACCACAGGGGAUGCACAGGAGGAUGUCCAAGCCUGA